AUGAAGAUGCUCGUUGCUAUGCGUGUGCUAUUCGCACUCUGCCUCUUGCUCACACCAACGUGGGCGAUUUGGAACCCCAUCAUCUCGGGCUUUAACCCUGAUCCUGCAAUUCUUCGGGUAAGGGAUGAUUAUUACAUUGCCACGUCGUCGUUCGAGUACUGGCCUGGGAUGCCGAUAUAUCACAGCAAGGAUCUGUCGAAUUGGACGCUUAUUUCGCACGCCUUGACGAGGCCGGAGCAGCUGCAACUCUACGGCGUCCCAACCGGAGCUGGCGCCUGGGCACCAAGCCUAGCCCACUUCCACAACAAAUUCUGGCUCUCGGGCAUGACGCGCUGGACCUACGACCCCGCAGCCCGCGUCUGGCCGCGGGUGUGGUUCAUCUCCUCUCCGGACCUCGUAACCUGGUCUGACCCCGUCUGGGCGGAGCCAUGGGGCAUCGACCCAGAGCUCUUCCAUGAUUCGUCGACGGGGAGGAUGUAUUUGAACCUGAUGGCGCCGAACAAUAAUCAAGAGAGGCUUUGGGGGAUUGCGCAGUGCGAGGUCGAGCUUUCGAGCGGAGCGUGCGUUGGAGAGUACAAGAGUCUUUGGAAUGGGACGUUGGAGAGGAAUGCGACGGCUAGGCCUGAGGGGCCAAAGAUGUUUUUAAGGGGUGGGUGGUAUUUUCUGGUUAUUGCUGAGGGCGGCACUGAUGAGUUGCAUCGAACCUCGAUUGCUCGGAGUAAGUCGCCCUCUGGACCGUUUGAGGCUUGUCCGCAUAAUCCCCUCAUGUAUAACGGACAAUGGGGGGCCAAGAACUUGACCGUGCAGUCGACGGGGCAUGCAACGUUUGUAGAGACUGCUGAUGGGGAGUGGUAUGCUUCCUUCAUUGCGAGGCGGAAUGUGAAUGGCAGCUCGCCACUCGGCCGUGAGACCUUUCUGGCGCAAGUGACAUGGGAAAACGACUGGCCCAGCAUCAACAACGGGAAGCCCAUUAUUCUCAGCGAAGAGAUCGGGCCCAAGACAGGAAUCAAAAAGACACCAGCCCCCUGGGUAGACGACUUCUCCGGAAGGGAGCUUGAUCCCUCGUGGUACCAGCUCCGAACGCCGUACGUCAAGUCGUAUGAUGUUGAUAACGGGCAUUUAGUCUUCAAGCCUAACGUCUUUGGCUUGAGUGAUCGGGAUCAUCCCGCGGCGGUGCUGCGGAAACAGACGUCGUUGAACAUGACGUUUUCUGCGGAGCUGCUUGGGUUUGAGGGCGUGUUGGGGCAGAGGAUGAGAGUUGGGGUGUCGAGUUACUUGAGUGAGUUCCAGCACCAGGAUAUCGGUGUCAAGGGGUGCGAUGGUGGGAUUGGGGGUAUAUGUUUGUAUACCGAGGUUAGGAGGAAUGGCACUGUGGAUUACUGGCAACGACCCCUCAACUCAUCGUCUCUGCUCAAGAGCGGGCUGAGACUUGAUAUCCGGGCUGAACCAUUGACAUACCACCUGGGCUAUAGCAUUGGCGAUGGCGAGCCGACGUACGUCGCAGAGAUUGAUUCGAGGUGGCAGGCUUUCGCGCCAACGGGGUAUUACGUGUUCACUGGAGCAUCUUUUGCGUUGUUUGCGACUGGUGAAGGUGAGCCGUGGCCUUUUGAUGGGCCGAAAGUUGGGUUCACGCGAGUCGAGGAGAGGUAUCACGAGGAAGACAUUGGAGACUAUGACCGUUGGUGA